GUAUAUGGAAUCUGGGUCAGCUGUAGCUGGUUAGUGCACUUCUGCAUGUGAGAGUAAAACACUGCAGUUUCAAAAAAAAAUUCUUGCUCUCUUCUGGGAUAAUACAUACUGGAUCACUACUUUUUUCUCUUUUUCUCCCCUCUUUAUUUUUUUAAUGAUUAGUUAGCUUGGUUAUCGUAUGGAGAAAUCUAACUCCUCAAUACAGCUUGGAUCAAACAGAGAAAGACAAAAGCAGUUUUCAACUUUAACUGCAGAUUAACAAUCCACAGCAUCGGGUAAUAUAGGAAGAAAAAGCAACUGGGCCUCUGGAUUUUCCAUUACCACAGAAGCAAAACAGCUAGAAGAUUUUUUUUUCUUGUCUCUUCUGACAGUCACCAUCCUUGCUCGAAAAUGAAGAUAUUUAAACGGACUUCAGGCGUACUGUUGUUCCUGCUGUUGUCAAUCUGGUGCUGCGCGGAACAAUCUACGCUGAACAAAACGCCCCAGCGGAGGCAUCCUCGUUCAGCCGACGGUGGAGAGGAAGGGAAGAAAUGUGGUUACACGUUCUUGGUCCCCGAACAAAAAAUCACAGGGCCAAUUUGUGUGAACACUAAUGGUCCAGGUGCUGGUAACAGAAAAGAUGAAGUCACGAGAAUGGACAUAGAGAACUUGAAGGACGUGCUGUCCAAGCAAAAGCGGGAGAUUGACAUUUUGCAGUUGGUGGUGGAUGUGGAUGGAAACAUUGUGAAUGAAGUGAAGUUACUGCGGAAAGAAAGCCGCAACAUGAACUCUCGGGUCACCCAACUCUACAUGCAACUCUUGCAUGAGAUAAUUCGAAAGCGUGACAACUCACUCGAGCUGUCUCAGCUGGAAAACAAAGUCCUUAACGUCACGACAGAAAUGUUGAAGAUGGCGACAAAGUACAAGGAGCUUGAAGUAAAAUAUGCAGCACUAACUGAUCUGGUAAAUAAUCAGUCUGUGACUAUCUCGCUGCUGGAAGAGCAGUGUUUGAGAAUCUUCUCGCGACAGGACACCCACGGGUCUCCACCUCUCGUUCAAGUCGUGCCCCAGCACAUCCCCAACAGCCAGCCUUAUGCUCCCGUCCUUCUGGGAGGUAACGAGAUCCAGCGAGACCCGGGGUACCCAAGAGACAGAGAUGUAAGGCCACCGCCCGACCCAGCUACUUCUCCUACAAAGAGCCCCUUCAGAGUCCCACCACUGGCUUUAAUUAACGAAGGUCCAUUCAAAGACUGCCAACAAGCCAAGGAAGCUGGGCAUUCCAACAGCGGGAUUUAUAUGAUCAAACCUGAAAACAGUAACGAGCCAGUGCAACUGUGGUGUGAGAACAGCCUGGACCCUGGAGGAUGGGCAGUUAUUCAGAAGAGGACAGAUGGAUCUGUCAACUUUUUCAGGAACUGGGACAGUUACAAGAAAGGAUUUGGGAACAUCGAUGGAGAGUACUGGCUGGGACUAGAAAACAUUUACAUGCUUACCAAUCAGGAUAAUUACAGACUAUUGAUCGAGUUAGAGGACUGGAGCAAUAAGAAAGUCUAUGCAGAAUAUAGCAGCUUCCGUCUGGAGCCCGAGAGUGAAUUCUACAGGCUACGCCUAGGGACAUACCAAGGAAACGCAGGCGAUUCCAUGAUAUGGCAUAACGGAAAGCAAUUUACAACACUGGACAGAGACAGGGAUAUGUAUUCAGGAAACUGUGCUCAUUUUCACAAAGGCGGCUGGUGGUACAACGCAUGUGCCCACUCCAACCUUAACGGGGUGUGGUACAGAGGAGGCCACUACAGGAGCAAGUAUCAGGACGGGAUAUUUUGGGCUGAGUACCGGGGAGGUUCCUACUCCUUGAAAGCAGUUCAAAUGAUGAUCAGACCUAUAGACUGAGGAGGAAAACCCCACAGUGCUCAAGUCAUUGCAUAUAAACUUCUCCGUGCUUCAGUUCCAGAAAAAUAAAGUAUUUCUUUUUCAAUCAUUAAUUUGCACAAUCUGCUCCUGCAAAAAGCAGGGCUACAGUUCUCCUGUCUUUUUUUUUCCCCCCUGUCGCGUUCCCCUCUCUUUUUUCUUAGAAACCUUUUCUACUGUGACAGUGUUUUCUCAAACACACAUACA